AUGAAGUUUUUCUUGCACCAUUUCAUGCUGUUUUUUAGCUUCACUGUGUCUUUGCAUGCUGUCUUUGGUUUGACUAAUGAUGGGGUGGCCUUGUUGUCACUCUUGAGGCUCUUGACAUCUGUGCCAUCUCCCAUAAGCUCAAGUUGGAAUAGUUCAGAUUCCACCCCAUGUCAAUGGGUUGGCAUAGAAUGUGAUAGUGAGCAAAAUGUGGUCUCUUUUAACCUCACUGAUCAUUUCAUUUGUGGUCAACUUGGACCUGAAAUUGGCCACUUGAGACAGUUGCAGACGAUUGAUUUGAGUAUUAAUAAUUUCUCUGGCCAUAUACCACAAGAACUAGGCAAUUGUAGUGCACUUGAGUCCUUGGAUUUGUCUUCAAAUUGUUUUACAGGAGAAAUUCCUGAAUCUUUAUUUCAAAUUCCAGGUCUGCAAUAUUUGUAUUUGAACGUCAACAAUUUAAGUGGUUCAAUUCCUAGUAUUGUUGGUGAAAUGAGUAAGGUUCUGACUUUAUCAUUAUAUGGUAACAGUUUAUCAGGUACCAUUCCUGAAUCUAUUGGGAAUUGCAGUACCCUGGAAGUGCUUUACUUGAAUGACAACAAACUCGAGGGAUUUUUGCCCGAGAGUUUAAACAAUCUUGAAAACCUUGUAGAAUUAGAUGUCAACAAUAACAGUCUUGUAGGUCACAUCCCUUUUGGUUCUAGUAAAUGCAAGAAUUUGAACAGUUUGGUUUUAUCAUAUAAUAGUUUUAGUGGGGGCAUUCCACUAAGUUUGGGUAAUUGUACAAUUUUAACCAAGCUAGCAAUUGUGCACAGCAAUUUAACACGUUCUAUCCCUUCUUCCUUUGGCCUACUAGAUAAGCUUUCCUAUCUUUACCUUAAUGAAAAUAAUUUAUCUGGGAAAAUUCCACCGGAAUUAGGGAACUCUAAGUCCUUGAAAACCUUGAGGUUACAAGAAAACCAGCUUGAAGGUGAAAUUCCGGAUGAGCUGGGAAUGUUGAGUGAAUUACAGGAUCUUCGACUGUACACCAACAAUCUAACCGGUGAGAUUCCGCUUAGUAUUUAGAGAAUUCCUAGCCUUGAGUAUCUUUAUGUGUAUAGAAAUUCUCUUAAUGGGGAGCUACCUUUGGAGAUGACUGAACUCAAACAUCUCAAAAAUAUAUCUUUGUUUGAAAACCAGUUCUCUGGAGUCAUACCUCAAAGUCUGGGAAUCAACACUAGCUUGAUUCACAUAGACUUUACCAAUAACAAGUUCAUAGGUGGAAUCCCACCGAACCUUUGCUUUGGGAAGCAAUUAAGAGUUCUUGCUAUGGGUCACAAUCAAUUUCAUGGUCGCAUUCCUUCUGAUGUCGGGAGUUGUUCGACUCUCUGGAGAGUUAGAUUCGACAAGAAUCAUCUUUUCGGCCUUCUGCCAGAAUUUUCCCAUAAUCCGAUUCUCUAUUUCCUGGACAUCAGUUCAAAUAACAUCACAGGUGUCAUUCCGUCGAGCUUGGAGAACUGUGCUGAUGUUGCUUCAAUUGAUCUUUCUGGGAACAAGCUUACAGGGCUUAUACCUCCAGAGUUGGGAGACCUCGUAAAUCUUGAGAGAUUGAAUCUGUCACGCAACCAUUUGGAAGGUUCUUUGCCACCUCAGCUAUCACAUUGUGGAAAACUAGUAAUUUUGGAUGUGGGUUUCAAUUUGUUGAACGGUUCUAUUCCAUCCAGUUUGAGCAGCUGCAAAAGUCUAUCCACUUUGAGUUUAAGAGAAAACCACUUUAGUGGGGGCAUUCCAACUUUUUUACCAGAACUGGAGAAUCUAAAAGAGCUACAAAUUGGUGGUAAUCAGUUGGGAGGUGAGAUACCCCCAUCAAUUGGAGGAUUGCAGAGUAUACAAUAUGUGCUGAAUCUCAGCAAUAAUGGAUUGACAGGUCAAAUUCCUUCAGAGCUGGGGAACUUGAUGUAUCUAGAACGACUGGAUAUAUCAAGCAACAGCCUGACAGGAACUUUGGCUCCCCUUGCUCAUAUCCGAUCAUUAGUGGCUAUUAAUGUUUCAUACAAUCUCUUCACUGGUCCAGUACCAGAAUCACUGGUUGCGUUGUUGGGCUCAUCUGCAUCAUCGUUCGUGGGCAAUCCCAGUCUUUGUGUCAAAUGUGUUUCAUCCAGUGGCUUAACAUGUGCUGCAAACACUAACCUGAAGCCUUGUGAUCAGCACGUAAGCAGUCAACAAGGCCUUAGGAAGGUUAAAAUUGUUUUAAUAGUCCUUGGAGCUUCGCUGUUUCUGGUUUUUUUGCUUCUUGGACUAGUUUGUUUUUUUCGAUUGCAUAGAAGGCUAAAGCAGGAAGCUGAGAUCUCUGCUUUGGAAGGCUCAUUUUCAAUAUUCAACAAAGUGAUGGAGGCCACUGAGAAUCUGAAUGACCAAUAUAUUAUUGGUAGAGGAGCCCAUGGAGUUGUUUAUAAGGCCACAUUGGAUUUAAACACAGUUUUCGCUGUGAAGAAGGUUAUGUUUGGAGGGCAUAAGGCGGGGCGCUCGAGUAUGAUUAGAGAAAUUCAAACUAUUGGGACAGUCAAGCACCGAAAUUUGGUGAAAUUGGAAGAGCACUUUUGGCCAAGGAAGGAAUACGGUUUAUUGGUGUACAGGUACAUGGAAAAUGGGAGUCUUCAUGAUGUUUUACAUGGAGCUAAUGGACCACCAACUUUAGAAUGGAAGGUUCGGUAUAAUAUAGCAAUUGGAACAGCUCAUGCAUUGGAAUAUCUUCAUCAUGAUUGUGAUCCUGCGAUCGUGCACCGAGAUAUCAAACAAGAGAAUAUACUUUUAGACUCUGAGAUGGAGCCUCAUAUAUCUGAUUUCGGAAUUGCUAAGCUCCUAAAUCAGUGUCCUGAUUCAACAUCAUCCAUCUCAGUGGCGGGGACGAUUGGUUACAUUGCACCAGAAAAUGCAUUUACAACAAAAAAGAGCAAGGAGUCUGAUGUGUAUAGUUAUGGGGUUGUUUUACUUGAACUAAUAACUAGAAGGAAGCCAUUGGAUCCAUCAUUUAUGGAAAAUACAGAUAUUGUGGGGUGGAUUACAUCUGUAUGGAACAACACCAAAGAACUCGAUGACAUUGUUGAUGCAAGCCUUGUGGAGGAAUUACAGCGUUCUAAAAUCCAGGAACAAGUAAUUAGUGUGCUUUCAGUGGCUUUGGACUGUACCAACAAGGAUCCAAGCAACAGACCUGAUAUGAGAGAAGUUGUUAAACGAUUAUUGAAGGCGAAUCCCCCAACGACACGUAAAUAUAGCUAGAUCUUUAGGGGUUGUUACUUUGUUUUGUUAAUGAUAGCCUACCCUGAUAUAGUUUCGCUUUUUAUUCUGUGUGUCCAAUUCCUCUAAAUGUUCUAGUGAAAACCA